CAGGCAAGGGCCGCCAUUUUGACUGAGCAAUCCUAGUGACAGGAGCUGAAGAAGCAGCGCUGGUUGUCCCGUUUCCCCUCCCCCUUCCCUUCUCCGGUUGACCUCCCGGGCCCCCCACACUCCACAGUCCCGGUCCCACCAUGUCCCAGAAACAAGAAGAGGAGAACCCUACGGAAGAGACCGGCGAGGAGAAGCAGGACACACAAGAGAAAGAAGGUAUUCUCCCUGAGAGAGCUGAGGAGGCAAAGCUAAAAGCCAAAUAUCCAAGCCUAGGACAAAAGCCUGGAGGCUCCGACUUCCUCAUGAAGAGACUCCAGAAAGGGCAAAAGUACUUUGACUCAGGAGACUACAACAUGGCCAAAGCCAAGAUGAAGAAUAAGCAGCUGCCCAGUGCAGGACCAGACAAGAACCUGGUGACCGGUGACCACAUCCCCACACCACAGGAUCUGCCCCAGAGAAAGUCCUCGCUCGUCACCAGCAAGCUUGCGGGUGGCCAAGUCGAAUGAUGCUGCCCGGGGCUCCGCCAGAUCCUGAGACGCUGCCCCCUGGGUCCUGUGCUGGCUCCUGCCCCUCCCUGCUUUUGCAGCCAGGGGUCAGGAGGUGGCUCGGGUGCGGGCUGGAGAGGCAGAAGCCCCUGCCCGUCGGUGUCCCAGCGCAUGGAGCCCCUUGGGCCGAGCACCAAGAUCUUGACUCUUUUUUGUUUUUCCUUUUUUUUCCAAGUAAUUGUUGGGAGACAUCUCAGUGAAAUCCUGGGGGUGGGGUGGGGUGGGGUGGGGGGUUGAGAGGGUGGAGUGGGAGAUGUGAGGGGUUAUGAAUUAGGACUUAGAAUUGAUAACAAAAACAUUCCUAACUAUCCUCCUCCUUAGCCUUGUGGCUGGGGUGGAGUGGGGGUGGGGUGGGGGAGUGAAGCGGACUAAAGGUGAGGGGUUCUAAUUGAGCUGUGUAGAAGAGUGCCUUGCUAGCUUGGAUAUGACUGGGGACCUGAUGUCAGAUAAAAGAAACUGUCUAAAUAUGAAAGAUGCAGAUGACUCCUCUGGUUCUGCAGAACAGGCUAAGAGCUGAAUGUUUAUUGUUUGGGUGGGGAAAAAGUGCUGUCCUUGAAGUAGAUUUGCUGCGGGAAGAAGGGCACUGAGUGUGGGAGAAAGGGGAUGAGCGUGGGGAGCACCGCAGAGCCCAGGGGACUUUCUCAGUAUUUGAAAUAAAAAACAAGAAGAUCCACGGGAAAAAAAAACAAACCAACCUAGAAAUUC